AUGCGACAGGCUUAUUACAGCUGUGUGAGCUACGUAGAUUACGAACUUGGUAGGGUCAUUGACCAGCUGGAUAACCUGGGCUUGACCAAUAAUACAAUAAUAGCCUUCUGGGGGGAUCAUGGAUGGCAGUUGGGGGAACAUUCUGAAUGGGCGAAGCAGACAAACUUUGAGGAUGCAACACAUGCCCCCAUGAUGAUUCGUGUUCCUGGGGUCACCGAUCAUGGUGUUGUCACUGAGAAACUUACAGAAUUUGUUGAUCUCUACCCUACCCUCGUGGAGGCUGCAGGACUUCCCAAACUUGAGCAGUGUCCACCAGACUCCCAGAAUGUCAGUCUGUGCACAGAGGGUACAAGUAUGGUGCCACUUAUGACGAACCCAACACUGGAAGCAUGGAAAACUGCAGCAUUCUCCCAAUACCCCAGAGGGGGCAACGGACUUGAGGGGGACAUUGUCAUGGGUUACAGCAUGAGGACAGAGAUGUAUCGAUACACAGAGUGGAUCAACUUCAAAGGCAGGCCUAUUUAUACACCCAUGUGGGAUCAACUACAGGGAGUUGAACUCUAUGACCAUACGAAAGAUCCAGAGGAGAACUGGAACCGAGCUGAUGAUCCAUGUUACAAAGACGUCAGGGUCGAGUUGUCCAGGAACCUGCAGUUGGGCUGGAGAGGGGCUUUACCUGACUGA